UCUCACGCGAAAGAACCGUGUGUCUCCAUGCUGACAACGCAUUCAACAGCCCUGAAAUGAUGGGGUUGAUCUCCGCGUUGGUAUACCUUCUCGCCCUCAUCAACUUCCUUCCAUUCGCAUUCAAGCGCGAUAUUGUCGAGGUCACUAGCGGCGGCGGGAACAAGGACUACGUGAUUCACGCGCCAGAUGUCGAAGGCGGACGGUUCCUGCAUCGCUUUCCGCUUGAGAAGGUAAGUCUGCGCCGAUGCUGAAUGAUCGGUAGCCGAUUCGCGGUCCGACUAUGGAUAUGAAGCUGUCUUGUUCUGAUAUUUUCUGUCGAAAAAGCUUGCGUCUUAUGGCUUCGCUUACGGCACCCUGACUUCCACAAUCAUCCUCGGCAUCCUCGAUGACUCCUUCGACAUGCGCUGGCGCCACAAGUUUUUCAUUCCAGCCUUCGCCGCACUUCCGAUGCUUGGUCUGUACUUUGUCGACUUCGGCGUCACCCACGUCACCGUCCCGCGAUUCCUUCUCAACUACCUUCCUGCGGGCAGCAGUGAGCUCAUCGAUCUCGGCGCCCUCUACUACGUCUACAUGGCAGGCGUAGCGAUUUUCUGCCCCAACAGUAUCAACAUCGUCGCCGGCAUCAACGGAAUCGAAGUCGGUCAAAGCCUGGUCAUCGCGAUCCUCAUCGCCUUCAAUGACGCAUUAUACCUCCUGCCCAAAAACAUCGGCGGACCCGUCACACAACCACACCCUGCCGCCGACUCACAUCUCUUCAGUCUCUACCUCCUCCUUCCGCUUAUCGGCGUGAGCCUCGCUUUGCUCUGGCACAAUUGGUACCCAGCCAAAGUCUUCGUCGGCGACACGUACUGCUACUUCGCAGGCAUGGUUUUCGCCGUCGUCGGAAUCCUGGGUCAUUUUAGCAAGACUUUACUCCUGCUGUUCAUCCCGCAAGUGUUCAAUUUCGUCUAUUCGGCGCCGCAGCUUUUCGGCCUCGUGCCAUGCCCGAGACAUCGCCUCCCGCAUUUCAAUGCGCGGACGGGUUUGCUGGAACCUUCGGUCGCGAAGUACACGGAGGAUAAACCGGCAAAAGUGCUGGUUGGAGAGGUGCUCAAGAUUUUGCAUAAGCUUCGACUUGUGAAUGUUCGUGUCGAUGAGAAGGGUAGAGUGAUUGAGACGAGCAAUUUGACCAUUAUCAACCUUUGGCUCGUGUGGAGGGGACCGUUGCGCGAGGAUCGCUUGGCGACGGAGAUUCUCUUGAUGCAAUUGACGGUCGGAUUGCUGGGCUUAUGGGCGCGACACAGCCUGGCACUAUUGUUAUUCUCCUCAGAUAAUCGUUUCUGAAGCUCCGCGACAACUAUUUGUCGAGGGAAAAUUGAAAUUGUGGCAUAGCCGAAGGCGGAGUCUAGUAAAUGGCUCGGUGUUUCUCUCAAAGCGUCGAGUCCCGCACAUCGAUUGUCAUCGACAUCAUCAUGGCGCAGGAUCAUCACGAUCAGGUUUGACGACUUCCCAUGCUACCCGACGCGCGCUUUUCUUCGGAUUGUACACUUUCCGUAUGCUCUCUGGUUUGCGUUGAUUCAAAUCUGACCCUGCAACGAGUCGACUUGUCUGGGAUUGACUCUGGCCAGACUCUGCAUGCAGGAUGCCUGCUUGGGCCUCAAAUGAAUCAUAAUCCGUCUCAAGUGAGCUUUUCGGACGGAAUGGAUUGGUUUGCCAGGUUCGCAUUCUCUUGAAAUCGGUCGCACCCCUCU